AUGACUCCAAUCAACCACCUAAUUAACCUCCAAAAACCCAACCAGAAGACCCUCAAAACUGAUUUUCUCCUACUGACUCUUACAAGUAUAUAGGAAUUGGAUUUACUCUUUUCUAUUUCCUAAUAUCUUUGAAGUUCACAAGCUUCCCGGUAGGCUUCCAUCUUUGCCUUGUCAUAGGAGUGUGUGUCCUCUUGGCUGCCAACUAUACAUUGUCUCUGCAAUACUCCAAAUGGAUAGACUACUCAGUGUUCCCACUCUCGCUAAUCGGAACUCUCUACAUUUCAGAAAUCAGUGGAAUGUUGGGGCUGCAUUUCUUCAACACCCUGGCGCUGACUUUGUUUGCAUUCGUGGCUGGGAUCUGUCUGAACCUGAGCCACCACAGACAUCAGAGCGCUAUCUGAAUCGGAGGGAGCAUAAUGUAUUACAUCUUGAGAUUGGGAUUUUAUUUUAGCUCAUUCCCGGUGAGCUUCACUGCGACUAUAAUCAUCAGCGUUGCUUUUUACGGUGCAAAUCAAGCCAUCUAUGAGUUAGAAAUAAUGAAAGAUCGCAAGGCUUCAAAAGAUAGUGCUAAACUAAACUUUUCGAUGUAUGAGACUCUUGAUAACAUUCCGUACCCUAUCCUUGUUGAACAAGAAAAGGAAAUAGUGAUUUUCAACAGAAAGUUUGCUAAGUUGCUGAAAAUUGAGCAGAUUGACGAAGGAGUCAAAGACUGCGUCUUUAGCAAACUUAAGCAAACAGAUAUUGAAAUAGAAGACAAGAAGUUUAUCAAAAGACUCAAUAAAGUUGGGAAGAAGCUCAGUUAUAGUCAAGGAAGUAAUUUUAAAAAUCAAGGGUAUCUGAAUAAUCAGAAUACAGGAAAAGGUGCUAUAGAAGAGUCCAAGGGCAUUGCUAUUGACAACAUAGGGUCCUCCUUUGAUUUUGGAUCAGAGAACUCUGUCAGUGAUAGUGAAGAAAGACUUUCUCACAUUGAACCAACAACUAGCACUCUGUACGAAGCCAUUUUCACAGACCAGAAAAUCAAUGAACAAAGCAUUGUGUUUGAUAAAGAAGAAAUGCGGCUUGCCAUCCAAGACAGAAAGUUCAUUCUCAAGUCAAAGUCUAUCAAAUGGAAUGAUAAAGACGCAAAAAUCCACAUUUUUGAACAGAGCAAACUAAUUUCUGCUAAAGCUCUGAAUCCUCAUAUUAACAAUGAGCAAUACAAACUCAUUAUGAGUCAGUAUGCAUCAGAGCUUACAAAGAUGCUUCAGAAAGUUGAUCGAGAACUCUCUGAAGCCGAACAGAACGAAGAGCAGUUCCAGGAACUCAAGAAGUCCAUUAACCACAUGACUUCGGUUAUGCGAGAGAUCGUGGCCACCAUCACAUUUGACGGCGAAAACCCAUGUGAAGAGCAGAAGUCUGAGUUCACGAUCGACUCGUUGUGAGCUGAAGUCAGAAACACUAUCAAGCCUAGAGCUAGAGACAAAGGCAUCACCAUAGAGCUCGAUGUGCAUCCCAGACUAACAGGCGUUAUUGUGAAUGCAGAGAGAGCCACCGUGAAGCAAAUAUUGCUGCCACUAGUAACCAACUCGCUUAUCAAAAUGAGAGCUGGAGUUAUUAAAAUCAGAUGUGAACCUUGUGAUGAAGACAAGCAAUUGGUACGAGUCUGUAUUGAAGAUCAGGCUCAAUCCAUAGGCUUUGAUGAAGCACGCAAGAUUAAUGGUGCGCUCUCUGGACAAGACACUAACCAAGCUAUGGAAAGACUUGAAGCUCUCAAUCUUGCUAACAGUAAAGUUAUGUGAGAGCGACUUGGAGGCAAGAUCUGGAUGGAGUCUGGCAAAGGAACUGGCAACUUAAUCAAAUUUACUUUUAGAGUAGGUGAUGACGACCUGGAUUACUCUUUUGAAGAAGAUAUUGAAGUUGAAGACUACAAUGAGCAGGAAGACUGCAUCAGAGCACUGCCUUCCAUGAACUGCAAUGAAGCUCCCUUCAUGCACCUAAUCCAGUCUGAGCAAGUUGAUGAAGCUGAUGAUGAUGAGGAAGAUGAGGAAGAAGAGGAAGAUUGCAAAAAUAAUUGCUGCUCUAAUAUCUUGCUUGUUGAUGACAAUUAUUUCAAUAUAGAAGUCUUACAGUCUCUGAUAAUUGUGCAGCUCAGAAUGAAGUGUGACUCCGCUUUCAACGGGCAAGAAGCCGUCGAUAAAGUGAUAGAAAGAAGUAAGAACACUUGCUGCACCAAGUAUUAUAAGUACAUAUUCAUGGACAUCAACAUGCCAAUCAUGGAUGGAUACUCUGCCUCAGCUGAGGUUAAAAAGUUCUUGAGGGCCAACCCCGUUUCUAAGAACAAAAACAAAGUUCCCACCAAGAUUUUUGCAGUCACUGCUCAGAAAGAAGUCGUUGAGAACGAGCAGAAGCUGUUCGACGGAAUCAUUCUGAAGCCAAUUUCAAUCGAAGGACUCAGAAAUGUUGUCAAAUAAAAUAUAUAAAAUUUCAAUCAA